AUACAAUACACUACAAUUCACAAAGCUUCUUACCAACAAUAUUAAGCUUCAAAGGCAGCUGUAAAUGUGUUUCGGAAAAUACAGAAAGAUCCGCCAAAACACCCUCACGACAAAAGUCACAAUCGAUAGGGUUCGAGCUUUCACCUGGCAAACACUGUCCCGUCCCCUAGUAAGAGGACACGGUCACAACGCAUUUUCAUUGGAAGAAACAACAACACAUACAAUUGGUCAAAAGGUGUUAGACAUGUCUGUCACGAAGGACGAAAGUGCAACGCUACAAACGGAGGCUCUGGGGACGAGAAUGACCUUUUCCCGCCAACAAUGUCCCAGAAGCCUUUGCAGGUUGUCUUAUGGAAUGGAAGCACGCUGACCGGUAUUAAUCACUUGAGCAUUGAGAUGCCCAUGUGGAUGGUGCGUUGAGCUCUCCAUGUGUAAAAAAAAUAAUUUACGAGCACAGAACAACCAAGUAAUUUGAUGGCUGUGAUUUGCAGAGAAUUGAUUGUCUGAUCAAACUUGAAAGGCGAGGAAAUGGCGAUGUUACAGCACUCUCUCUGCCUGCGAAGGUUUUGGUUAACGUCUCCACUGCAUUUUCGGCAUAGAUGUCAAUUGUCAAGUUAUCUCUCUUGCACUGGAUAUGAUCAUAAAUCAAGGUGUUAUUCUCGCCAUGUCAAUCCAUCAUCAAAUGUUGUAAGCUUUGUUAACACAGCUCACAUGCCAUCAAGAUUUGGAGUGUUAGAUCUACAAUUCAACACAAGUCAUGUUACACAAAGAUUCAAGUUUGUGCAUAACUGUUUGUAUGGAAGAUGUGGUGUUUCACACAGGGCACAACCAUGUUCAAAACUUACUGGGAAUCCUUUGUGUUUUCCUUUAAUGAAAACUACAUCGAGCAGGACAUUGUUUUAUAAAAAUGUCAUAGCUUUUGAACCUUUGAAAACGUACCCAUGGAUUCACCAUAGAAGGACAAUUUUUACCAGCAGUAUAAGUUGUGACCCAGCAGCUAGUAAAUUAGGAAAGAAUCCAAAACUGUGGGAAGAAGAGGAGAAAAAAUCCAAGGUUGAAGAAGCUGUUGAAGCCAUGAAAGAGAAGAAAGAAAAACUGAAAGAAAAAGCAUUUCAAAUGGAAUGCAGUCCUGAAGAGAUAGAACCAAUGGUUGCUGUGUCUCCAAAACUAAGGAAGACUAUAUGGCAAAGAGUUAAACAUGAAGUCGUGCAUUAUUACAAUGGAUUUAAGCUGCUUUAUUUGGAGAUAAAAAUUGCUGCUAGGAUGUUGUGGCAAAUUAUGAAUGGAAGAGUACUGUCAAGACGUGAAAGACGGCAGUUUCUUCGCACAGUCUCAGAUAUAUUCCGUUUGGUUCCAUUUCUGGUGUUUUUACUUAUUCCAUUUAUGGAGUUUAUGCUGCCAGUGGUCAUAAAACUUUUUCCAAACAUGCUGCCAAGUACAUUUGAGGAUAAAUCAAAGAAGGAAGAAAACAAAAAGAAGCAGUUGAAAGUGAAAAUUCAGAUGGCCAAGUUUUUGCAGGACACAGUUGAAGAAAUGGCAGUUACAGCCAAACAGAAGAAAACACAAGAGGUCGUUGCUGAGUUUGCAAACUUCUUUGAAAAGAUUCGGAGCAAAGGAGAUCAACCUAGUAAUGAAGACAUCCUAAGAUUUUCUAAACUGUUUGAGGAUCAAAUCACUUUGGACAACAUGAGCCGUGCUCAACUCAAAGCAAUCAAUAGACUACUGAUGCUGCCAACCAUUGGAACAAACAAUUACUUGCGAUUUCAGCUACGGAUGAAAUUGCGUCAGCUUAGGGCUGAUGACUUGUUAAUUCAAAGAGAAGGUGUUGAUAGCCUGACAGUGCAAGAAUUACAGUCUGCUUGCCAGGCUCGUGGUAUGAGAGCUAUUGGUGUUCCUGCAGCCAGAUUAAGGUCACAGCUUAACCAGUGGUUGGAACUGCACCUGGAUGAGCAAAUCCCUGCAUCUCUGUUGCUAAUGUCCAGAGCACUGUACCUUCCAGAAAAUGUCAGUAAGGUUGAUCAACUCAAGGAAACAUUAUCCCAACUACCAGAGACCUUGGUGGAAGAGGCUGAAAUAAAAAUCUGUGAAGUUUCUGGAGAAGAAGUGGACAACAAAGUUCGUUUAGAUGUUCUGAAGAAAGAAGAGCAAAUGAUUGCUGAGGAAAAUGAAGAACUUCUUCAAGAGGAAGAGGAAAAAAAGAGAAAGAUUGAAAGCAUUGCUGCUGAGAUUUUGCAGGACAAAGCUCCAGAAGUCCAACCAACUGCUGAGGAGGAUAUUUCUCAGGAAGACUGGUUAUCAAUUAAAGCAAGCCUCGCUCAGGCUAAUGAACGAGAGGAACUGGAGAGAAUCAAGGAAGACAGAGUGGAAUAUCAAGAGGAACUUCGCGAACUGGCAUCUGAGGAUGAAAAACAUGUGCUUAAAGAAUCACUUGGUUCAUCUCGACUCGGUAGAAAAGUGGAUUUGAUGAUAAAUAAGAUUGAAGAUCGUUUGAGGCUGUUAGAGACUGAAAUAGAUGAACAGCCAUCAGAACACCAGCUUGAUGCCGACGGUGAUGGUAAGAUCAGUUUGCAGGAGAUGAUAUCUGCUGUGCGCAGAUUAAAAGACGCUCCGAGUGAAGCUAAAUGCCAAAAAAUCGCCGAAAUGCUAGAUCAGGAUCACGAUGGCGCGCUCGACCUAGGUGACGUGGGAAUGAUCGUUGAGCUUUUGUCAAUGGAAGAUGUAGAUAUUACUCCUGAACAAAUCAAAGACAUCGUCGACCUACUGGAGAAAGAAAGCAAGCUGCGAAAUACCAGCACAGAGCAAUCAAACAGUGUUGCAGAGAGAAGCGAGUAAUAUAAAGGAGAUAUCUCAACUCGCCAUACACUUAUCUUCAUUGAUUUUUAUUUUAGUGUUUUUUUUCUUCGUUAACAGCAUUAAUAGUGAAAACUUAGGCUAGUUCACACUACGCCGGAGAAAUUUGAAAAGCUUUAUUUCUACGGUUAGGCCUACCGUCCACACUCAAUAAUC